ACUCUGGAAGGCUCGGCGGCUUCGGCCGGAGAGGCAAGCGGGUCCCCGCACCUCCCCGCGCUUCCAGGCAGUCCUCCGAGUCGCUCCAGAGGGCUCGCGCGUCAUUCACAGCCCCGAGCCAUGAUGAAGACCUUGUCCAGCGGCAACUGCACGCUCAGCGUGCCGGCCAAGAACUCCUACCGCAUGGUGGUGCUGGGCGCCUCGCGCGUGGGCAAGAGCUCCAUCGUGUCCCGCUUCCUCAACGGGCGCUUCGAGGACCAGUACACGCCCACCAUCGAGGACUUCCACCGCAAGGUCUACAACAUCCGCGGCGACAUGUACCAGCUGGACAUCCUCGACACGUCCGGCAACCACCCCUUCCCGGCCAUGCGCAGGCUGUCCAUCCUCACAGGCGACGUCUUCAUCCUGGUGUUCAGCCUGGACAACCGGGAAUCCUUCGACGAGGUCAAGCGCCUGCAGAAGCAGAUCCUGGAGGUCAAGUCCUGUCUGAAGAACAAGACCAAGGAGGCGGCGGAGCUGCCCAUGGUCAUCUGCGGCAACAAGAAUGACCACGGCGAGCUGUGCCGGCAGGUGGCCACCACCGAGGCCGAGCUGCUGGUGUCGGGGGACGAGAACUGCGCCUACUUCGAGGUGUCGGCCAAGAAGAACACCAACGUGGACGAGAUGUUCUACGUGCUGUUCAGCAUGGCCAAGCUGCCGCACGAGAUGAGCCCCGCGCUGCACCGCAAGAUCUCCGUGCAGUACGGCGACGCCUUCCACCCCCGGCCCUUCUGCAUGCGCCGUGUCAAGGACGCCGAUGCCUACGGCAUGGUGUCGCCCUUCGCCCGCCGCCCCAGUGUCAACAGUGACCUCAAGUACAUCAAGGCCAAGGUCCUCCGGGAGGGCCAGGCCCGCGAGCGGGACAAAUGCACCAUCCAGUGAGCGGGAGGGGCGCAGGGGUGGGGCGUGGGCAGUGCCUUACCGGGGGGGCUGGGCCCGCUGCUCGCGCCCCCCGACACACCCCAACGGCGUCUUGUUCCAAGACCUGUGGCGCCAGACUGCUGGACCCCAGCCUCUGCCCAGACCGCCGCCCGCCCUCCUGCCAGCCUCCCCUCAUUCCGCCCCCACCACUGCGGCUCCUCCAGGUUUCAGCUCCUCCUGGGGUGGGGGGAGCUCUCCGCAGGGCCGGAGGCGAGGUUGGGAGACAUCUGGCCUGAGGAGGGACAGGGUCCCUUCCUAGCUGUAGCUGCGAGAAACGCUGACUCCUGG